AUUGUAAUGAAAUAAAAGCCAUUUUUUCAGUUUUCUUUUCCAUUAUUGCGUAUGUAAAUUUCAUAGUUAAUGAAAUUAGUUAGCUGUUUCAACUAGGUAUUGAUGGUUAGUUUCGUAUUCCUAAUAUAUCGUAUGACAUUUUGGAGAUGAAUUUAAAUAUUUAGUUUUUGUUUCAAGAUGCAGUCGGAUUUUUCUGAUAGUGCAACGAAAGGUUCUCUAAGUAUAGCCGAAGUAUUUCAUGGCCAUAUUUCUAUACAAGCUCAGGAAGUACCAUUUGUUCAUUCAUCUAAGUUUGACCCUGUGGCAGAAAUAUUAAAUAUAAUGAUCAAAGUAUGGGAUCUCCCAGUUCCAAAGAUAAUGCUGGUUAUUUUGUCUGAUAAUGCUCCAUUAAAAGACUGGACUAACUUCGAAGAACAAGAAAGUUUUGUUAAAGGUUUAAUUAAGGGUUCAAAUUCAACUUCAAUGUGGAUUUUUACUAGUGGACUCAAUACUGGUAUUUCAAAAGUGAUCGGUGAUGUAUUUCAAGCAGAAUUCAAUGCUCGUCUCUCUGAAGCAUGCUGUGGCCCAUCUGCAAUGAAGUCUAAGGUUUCAAAAUUCCCUUUGAUUGGUAUCUGCCAGGAAAAUUGUCUUACAUAUGCAGAGAAAUUCAAAGUUCUGGAAAAACGUGUUAAAGUUCAGAAUACUGGCAAUAAUCUUGAAGAACAGAAGUUCAAUCUUAACCCUUACCAUUCUCAUUUCCUCAUAAUUCGUGAUAAAAUAAUAGAUAUAGAACACACUACUCGCUUUCUUUUAAAAAUAGAAGAAAUUUUACAAGGAAGUACCUUCUUAGAUGCUCUUUAUGAAGAUGAUCUUCAGCAAACUGUUCCAGCAUCACCUAUACCAACAAUUGCUAUUCUUGUUCAAGGAGAUAUAAAUUCUAUUCAUUUUAUAUUAGCCCAUUUAAAACGCAAGCUUCCAGUUCUUAUUAUGAGAGGUAGUGGGGGUCUAGCAGAAAUUCUUGCAUAUGCCUACUAUGAAGUACAUAGAAGUUUUCAGAAAAUAAAGGAUAUAGAAUAUGUGGAAAAUAUUCUAAAAAAAAGCUUAAGUGAUAAAAUUACAUCUGUUUUUCCUGCUUUGAAGGAUAACAAAGUGGCUCAUAGUUCAUUUUUCUCUAGAAUACUGGAGUGCAUUAAAUUUUCAGAACCACCUGACUUAAAAUAUAUUACUGUAUUUAAUAUGCUGGACCUGACAAGCAACCUUGAAGAUCUUCCUGUCUAUCUUAUGGAAACUAUAUUUAAUUCACAAAAAGAAGGUGAUUCUUAUGCUGAAUUAAGAAGAGACUUGCAGCUUACCAUUGAUUGGAAUUAUCCCAAACUAGCUUUAGCAAAAGUUUUUUAUAAAGAUGUUCGUUUUAAGGUUGAAAAUGAUGUAUUCGAACAAGUAUUAUUCAAGAAAGGCAGGGAAGAAUUUGUCUCAUUAUUCCUUGAUAAUGGAUUUGAACUUUAUAAGUAUCUAAAUGCUGCACGAGUUGUCACUCUUUUUGAACAUGCACUAAGAGAAGAAUUUUUCCAUCAGGUUUGCUGGGAAGGAAUUUUAGGUUAUGGAAAAAUGAUGCGGCUUGAUGAAUAUUUUAUUGACUCAGAUUUAAAUUGGAUUGUUGAGAGUUUAGUUGGAAUUCCUAUAUACAUCAGUUCUCAAGAACUGAAUGAAUGCUCAAUGGAUAUUUUUAAACUGGGCUGUUCAAAACGUAUUUCUUGCGAUGUAGCAAGACGCAAAGCUAUCACUGUACUGAUCAUCUGGGCCUUAGUUUCAAACCGUGGAAAGCUGGCAAUAGUUUUAUGGCGUCAUGUUGACCAACCUAUAAUGGUGGCCCUUGCUUCAUCCUUGAUUUUAGAUAAAAUACAAACUUAUGUUAUUGAAGGGAAGAUGAAGGAAGGAAUCAUAGAUUUAAGUCGAAGAUUUGCUGACAUGGCCUUUGGUGUAUUUGAUCUCUGUUACAGCGAAAUGCCUUCAAAAGCAUAUGAAUCCUUAAGCAAGAAAACUACAGAAUGGGCUGGUCAUUCCAUUAUAGACAUGGCUGCUCUUUCUCAAAACAGAAAUUUUGUUGCUCAUCCUUGUUGCCAGAAAUGGCUUACAAAUAAAUUUAUGGGUAAUAUAAAAAUACGUGAACUGUCUUGGGGAUUUGUAACAUUUCCUGUAUACAUUAAGGUGAUAUUAUGUUCAUUUCUGGUAUUUCCAAUGUAUUUAUGGGUGCGUUUCAAAGACACUUUAGUUCAGGAAUUUAUUGGAGCAGAUGAAUAUGAAGAAAGUGCUCCUUUUCAUAUGCCACAGGAGACAAAAGAGCGAAGGAAAAGCGUACCCCAAGAAGAAGCUGGUCGAACUCACCUUUUAAAGUACCACUAUCCUCCUCUGUGGCAAAUGAUUUAUUGGAUGUGGAGUGCUCCUAUAACAAAAUUUUGGGUUUCACAUAUGCUCUAUAUUGUAUAUUUGGGGAUUUUUAGUUUAGCUGUCAUUUGGACAUCUUGUGGCAAUAAAUAUCUAGAUAUUUUAAUUUGUGUUUGGACAAGCUUAAUUGCUGUGGAUUCAUCUUAUCGAAUUUAUGCUUUAAUUCAGGCAUUUCCAAACACACCAGUAUUUGCUUCAUGUCUUGAAGUGUUAUACAUGAUCCUUUUUGUUAUUUUUUAUGUUGCACUACGUCUUCUAAAUAUAAAAGGAUUUCAGGAUCCUUAUGCUGGUAAAAUACUGCUGUGUGCCGGAUUGCUUUGUUUCUAUUAUCGUAUGAUUUUCAUCUACUUACCUAUAUCAUCAACCCUUGGGCCAUUACUUUAUAGAGUAAAGCGCAUGGUUACUGUUGAUUUUGUGAAUUUUUUAAAGCUAGUAUUCUUAAUUUUGAUUGGCAAUGGUAUCGCUAUUCAAGCAGUAUUGUAUCCUGACUAUCCUUUAGUUCCCGAAAUGGUUCGCAAGUCAUUUCAUAAAGCAUUUAUAGCAUUUUUUGCAACUCCAGUUGAAGAACUAGCUAAGAAAGAUCCUAACUGUGUAACAUGGGAGCAAAAGCCAUCGGAUGGAAUUAUGUGCAGAGUUGGAGAUUAUGUUGAUGGAACUUGUGCAACAGCUGAUGGAUUCUGGCCUUAUCUUUUCCUCUUUCAAUAUAUUCUCCUUUUAAAAUUGAUACUAAUAACUGUGUUGUUUGCUCUUUUCAAUAAUACUGGAGCUAAACUUGGACCAGAAAGUAAUUCUAUUUGGAAAUAUCAACGCUAUAAUCUAAUUGUAAACUUUUCCCUCUCAUUGCGAUUGCCUCCACCUUUGAAUAUAUUUAGUCUAAUAAUAUUAAUUUAUCGAGGCAUUUUUCAUCUGUAUAAAAAAUGCUAUGCUCUGCUUCAGUGGAAAAAGCAUCAAGAAGAAGAGUUGAGUGAUUACUCUGGUCUUUUAGCAUCUUCUGAAUACAGUUAUUUUAAGCAACUUGCAAGAGACUAUUAUGCUAAACAGGAGUAUGAGAAACAAGAAGAAGGAUACAAGAAAACUGAAUUAAAUACAAUAUCUAAAUUGGCUAAUGAUGUUGAUAUUAAAGAUGCAAUGAUGUGCACUGUCAAAAACCAAAUAAUACAGCUUGAAAGUGAUAUUCGUUACACCCAUGCUCGUCUCGAAACGUUGAAAUAUCGUGCAAAAAAGGAUGAUGAACUGACAACAAGUCUCACUGUUCACAUACUUUCCCGUGAAUCACCAUAUCCAAGAACCAAAAUUCAACGUUUCCCAGUGCCUGAUAAAUAUGUUCCAUGGGAAGUCAUGUGGCUACAUUAUGAACCACCUACUUACACCAUGCCAAAAAGUGAUUUUCCAAGACAAGUACGUCCUUAUGUAGAUGACGACAUUCUUUCAAUGAAGAAAAAUGGUGUUAAAAGAGCAGAGAUACCAAAUUACCUAUGGAAUACAGAAUCUGAGGACAGCAGUGGAAUAUAUAGAGAAAUCGCAAAUCAUGGAUAAUUGAUAACAAACAACAGGAAAUCACAUAUAGAUUAGAUGCAGAUGAUCUACCAUGCAAUCCAAUGGGAAGAACAGGAUUGCGUGGUAAAGGGGCACUGCCUAGAUGGGGACCAAACCAUAAUAUUUUUGCUAUCAUUACCAGGUAAGCAAAGUCAGAUUUUUCUAUUUAGAAUCAUAAAAAUUCAUAGCUUGUUGUAAAAGUGAUUGCAAAACUGUAC